AUGCUGAGUAUAAUCAAGCGACGAAACCUUCAGAAGGCGGAGACCGAGGUGGUGGGGUUAACGUGGGCUUCUCAGGGCAGCAAAGAUGGCAAUGGCGCUGUUGUUUCCCCUCCAAAAGAGCCUUCGCGAGAGCCUUCGCGAUUAGUCAGUCACAUACCCCCGCCGGUAUCAGUGUCUGUGUCAUCCCUGGGUACCGGUAGCACCACUAGUUCCAUCUCAUCGGCUCAAUUUCAUCCUUUUCAAUCUCUUUCUCGAAAAGGGGAUGAUGAGACACACGACGGCGAGCCUCCUCAAUCAAAGCCAACUGUGGUUGUUGCUAAAAAGGUCUCUGCAAGAGUUGACGAGGUUCACGGCCAUGAAUCUUCUGCUUCUGUUUCGCAGUUUGUCCUCCAGCCCUCUCCCGAAACUUUUUUGCCUCCCACAAAUGGGAAGCUAAGUGGCUUCAAGCGCACCAUCUCGUUUGUCUCUGUGGAUACUAAAACCUCUGCCUUCCCACAGAACAAGCGAACAUGCUUGGACAAGCCUCCGUCGCCCAUCCCUCCCUCAGGGGGGUCCCAGGCUCAGCCAAAGCCCCAACAGGUGCUGCUCUUGGCAACAUCGAAAGAUAGUCCUGUGCUAAGUCCUCUCCAUAUUUUUGUCAGGCAGCAGAUUGAAGUAUUUGAAGCCUCUGAAGAAGACCUCAAGCAGCCUGCCCCUGGUCGGCGCAUCCCCAUCCAGCUCAGGCAAGUUGGCCUUCGCUGCAUCCACUGCAAGCAUCAAAAGCCCAGAGAACGCAAGAAGAGAGCCGUGUGUUAUCCUUCCUCGGUUGGCAGGGUAUAUCAUUCUGUCUCAGACAUGAAGUUCGCCCACUUCCCCUGUUCCCAAAUGCCCCAGGGACUUCAUCAGAAGUUCAAUGAACUCAAGGAUGAGAGUGUGCUACAAAAUAAGUCCAACAAGGAAUCCAAGAGGAUUGGAAGUGCUAGCGCUUCCACAGCCCAAUACUAUCAUGAUAGUGCUCGUGAACUUGGAUUGGAAGAUGGAAAAGGUGGUAUCUAUGUCUCGAGUCAGUCGCGGGUUGUCGUUCCUGAUGAUGGCAGACAACAUCCGUCCCUGACGUUCGCGACAAUGUCUCAACACAAUGCUCUCCAGAGCAUGCUGAUGGGCAACCUGGUACCUGCAUAUGCUCACGCGAACGCUGUACCGGCCGCUGCCAACUUCAAGGUCCAAACCAUGGCACCCAAGGCUUCUGCAAGUAUUUCCCAUCAGGUUGCAAGUUCUGUCCUGUGCAAGGAGACCAGACUGCCGUUGGCUGUCGUCACCUCCCCCCAAGACAUCGUUAAGGAACAAGCUGGCCCGCAAGAGCAGUCCAAGAGUGGUAAAGCCCAUCUUGCUUCAGAGAUGGACAAACACUACUUGGCUCCUAUCCAUUGCUUUGUUCGGCGUCAUGUUGAGGUGUUUGCUGCUAAUGAACAAGACCUUGCGGCGCCGGCGCCUGGAAGAAAGAAGCCCAUUGUCCUUGGUCAAGUUGGGCUCCGAUGCAUGUACUGUGCAAGACUCCCUAUCAAGGAUCGAGUGAAGCGCGCCAUUUGCUUCCCGCCUUCAGUCGGCGGUGUCUACCAUGCCGUGUCGAACAUGAAGUUUGAUCACUUCAAGCAAUGCAAGGGCAUGCCCAAGGAGGCACGAGAAGAAUUUCAACAAUUAGUUUCAUCUCCGAAUAGUUCUGAAGGGAAACGAUCUCGCGUCGACUCGGCUCCCCGUCCCCGUGUCUCCAAUUCGACUGCGCAAUACUACCAUGAUUCUGCACUUCGAAUGGGACUUUGUGACACCUCCGAAGGGAUCCGCUUUCGCCAGCCGCAGCUAGGCAAACAUGUUUCCAAGAAGGGCGAAGAGGUAUCGGUAGUUCCAGAAGGCAUGGAAGCUCUCAUCCUUGCUGCGACUGACCCGGCCGUCCGAGCCGCGCACGAGCUGAAACGGUCGUCGCCCAAAGCGGGAUAA